AUCUAUUUUGCAAAAGAACGGAGAAUUAGAUGGAGAUCUCAACCAUAGAAUACAAGCUGGAUGGAUGAAGUGGAAGAGUGCAUCCGGCGUGUUGUGUGACCGCCGUAUGCCACUGAAGCUCAUUGUGCUUAGCUAGAGUGACCAAUACAAUGGUGUGUCUUACAAUAUGUGGCAUUAGGCAAUAAAUUUAUUUAUGUUUCAGGCAAAAGCUUCUGGAAAGAACUCCCGCUGAAUGCCAAAGAAUGGGUGAUGUGACAGGAGGUGAAAUUCUUAGGAAUUACAAUGAUAUCUUGAAAUCGUGCAACGCUUUGGACUACCACGACUUAAUUAGCUGCUCUGUGAAGCUGCUAAGUGAUUUUCCUGAAGUGUUGAAGGAGUGCCAGGAGUCAUGGAAAGCUAUUGUAAUAGACGAGUUUCAAGACACAAGUGCUAUGCAAUAUAGACUUUUGCGGAUUCUCGCCUCUCAUAACCACAUAACCAUUGUUGGUGAUGAUGAUCAGUCCAUUUUCAGUUUCAAUGGGGCGGACAUUUCUGGAUUUGAUUCUUUUCGUAAAGAUUUUUCAAAUUACAAAGAGAUUAGGCUUAAUAAGAACUUUCGGUCCACACGCUAUAUUGUGUGGAAGCUGCAUCUUCUGUUAUAAAAAACAAUAAGAAGUGAUGCCAACUAAAGAAUGUUGACACGGACAAUUCUUCUGGGUCUAAGGUAAUUAUCAAGGAAAGUCACAAUGAGGAUGCACAAUGCGCCUUUGUUGUCGACAAGAUCCUGGAGACUGCAUCUAAACGGUCAGAAGCAGGGUGCUCCUAUGGAAAUAUAGCAAUCCUUUACCGGAGGCAGGUAUCAGGAAAAGUCUUCCAGACAGCCUUGCGUGAAAGGAAAAUACCAUUUAAUGUUCAUGGAGUGGCAGUUUAUAGGAAGAAGGUAGUUAGAGCCAUUGUUGCUAUGAUUAAAACAACUUUGCCUGGUUGU